AAUAAAAUAACAUAAAUAUGCACCCUCUCUGUCUCUUCUCUGUCUCUUACCAUGCAAUCUCUCUGAAUCUACCUUCACUACUCUCUCUCUCCACCGACGCUGUCCUCUGUGUCUCCAUCCAGAGAGAGAUUCACGAAUAAACCCUUGAUCUUCUCUCUUUCCCAAAUCCCAAACUUUCCAUCCCCAUCGAGCAUUGGUCAAUGGAAUUCAACAACCCACUUUCCAUUUCAAUCUUCACACGCUAAAAUUCAAUCAAUUCUCACCCUUUUCUAGCUCAUCCCUGUUCGAUUCACCUAAAAAAUCUUUCAAUUCCAUUACCCACUUUCCAUUUUAAUUUCUUCACGCUAAAAAAAAUCCAAUCGAUUCUCACCAUUUUCAAGCUCAUCUUUUUUUUUUCGAUUCAGCUCAAAAUGCUCUGAAUUCAAUUAUCCACAAGCUGAAAUCCAAUCAAUUCUCACCCUUUUCGAGCUCAUCAUCGUUUGACUCAGCUCAAAAAUCUCUGAAUUCAAGAACCCACUGUUCAUAUUUCAAUUUCCAUUUCGAUUCAGCUCAUAAAAAGCUCUGAAUUCAAAAAAAUUAUGCUAGACCGUUUCUUCGAAGCUCAUCAGCUAUGGAAGAUCAAGCGAGUUCUCCGAAACGGAAAGCUCACUCUCCUCUGCCUCGUCCUCACAGUGGUCGUGAUUCGGAGCAAUCUCGGCGCCGGAAAGUUCGGAACUCCACAAGAGGACUUCAACGAGAUCCGAGACCACUUCUACUCUAGCCGGCGCGCCGAGCCACGCCGCGUUCUUGAAGAAGCCCAAACCACCACCACCACAACCACCGCCUCCGGCGGCGGCGACACCGCAUCGGAGAACAGUUAUGCUACAUUCGACAUCACCAAGAUUUUGGUGGACGAAGGUGAGGACGAAAAGCCAGAUCCAAACAAGCCAUAUAGCCUCGGACCCAAGAUCUCUGAUUGGGACGAGCAACGAGCCGAUUGGCUUGGGAAAAACCCUAGUUUCCCCAAUUUCAUUGGACCCAAUAAACCUAGGGUUCUUCUCGUUACUGGGUCGUCGCCGAAACCCUGCGAAAACCCUGUUGGCGAUCAUUACCUAUUGAAGGCUAUUAAGAACAAGAUUGAUUAUUGUAGGCUACAUGGUAUUGAAAUUUUUUACAAUAUGGCUUUGCUUGAUGCUGAAAUGGCUGGGUUUUGGGCUAAGCUUCCAUUGAUUAGGAAGCUUUUGUUGUUUCACCCUGAAAUUGAGUUUCUAUGGUGGAUGGAUAGUGAUGCUAUGUUUACUGAUAUGGCGUUUGAGGUACCGUGGGAGAGGUAUAAGGAUCACAACUUCGUGUUGCACGGUUGGAAUGAGAUGGUUUACGAUCAAAAGAAUUGGAUUGGAUUGAACACGGGUAGUUUCUUGUUGAGGAAUUGUCAAUGGUCAUUGGACAUUCUUGAUGCUUGGGCUCCAAUGGGGCCGAAAGGGAAAGUUAGGGACGAGGCAGGGAAGAUACUCACUAGGGAGCUCAAGGAUAGGCCGGUUUUCGAAGCUGAUGAUCAGUCAGCUAUGGUGUAUAUAUUGGCGACACAGAGGGAUAAGUGGGGAGAGAAGGUUUAUCUUGAAAGUGCAUAUUACUUGCACGGUUAUUGGGGGAUUUUGGUCGAUAGAUAUGAGGAGAUGAUUGAGAAUUACCAUCCGGGUCUUGGAGAUCAUAGGUGGCCGCUUGUGACUCAUUUUGUUGGUUGCAAGCCUUGUGGGAAGUUUGGGGAUUACCCGGUUGAGAGGUGUUUGAAACAGAUGGACCGUGCGUUCAACUUUGGGGAUAAUCAGAUUUUGCAGAUCUAUGGGUUUACGCAUAAGUCACUAGCGAGUAGGAGGGUGAAGAGAACGAGAAAUGAGACGAGCAAUCCUCUUGAAGUCAAGGAUGAGCUCGGUUUGCUUCACCCAGCAUUUAAAGCGGUCAAGGUAUCGUCUUCUUGAUCUUGAGGGCACAGGGAAGCUUGAAAUCAAGAUUGAGAUGUGCACUUCCCACAUUAUGAUUCUUUUGUGCACUUUUAAGUUAUAUACAUGUUGUUUUGUGUUGUACUUUGGUUACUUGUGGUAGCUCUGGUUAUUGUAUUACUCAAUUUAUUUCAAUCCUUUUUGCGUUACUAAUCCUUAAAUUAUAAUGAUUUUGUAUGGAGAGCAUAGUUUAAUUUGUACCUUGUUUUCCAAAUUGUACCUCGUUGAUUUAUUAGAUACAGUUUAUCUAUAGCAAUGCUCUUUCCUUUGUGAUUGGUAGGAACUAUAA